GAUUAGUGAGGAGACCUCCGCUUUCUGUCCACGGGAGUGGAGCUUCUCGCCUGGAGCAGACACAGAGGCCGUUCAUCUGCUGCCCACAGAGGACACUGACUGUUACUGAAGGUCGGUACGAAGCCACGGUCCACGGUGUUUGUAAAUGGGAGAAGAGGAGAUCCGCCGUCCACUCCACGGGCUCUAACAGACACGCGGACCGUGGAGCAUACAGCCCAAAAGUUUACGGUCCUGCUGCUGCGUAUGACACUGUCCUGGGUGUAGCUGAGGACGAGACAGGCAUUUAGUGUCCAUUCUGACGACUUUCCACUUCCCAAAGGUUGCUAUGGUGAACAGCAGGGUGGAGGCGCCCGCAGUGGCAGUGAUGGGCAGCGGCAGUGGGACGGCGGGCAGGUCCUGCGCAGGAUGUGGGGGUCGAAUCUCAGACCGCUUCCUGCUCUUCUCCAUGGAGAGGUAUUGGCAUACACGCUGUCUCAAAUGUUCCUGCUGCCAUGCUCAGCUGGGAGAGUACAGCAGCACCUGCUACAGCAAAGGAGGCAUGAUCCUCUGCAAGAACGACUACAUCAGACUGUUUGGACACAGUGGAGCCUGCAGUGCUUGUGGACAGUCAAUCCCGGCCAGUGAGAUGGUGAUGAGAGCGCAAGGCAACGUGUACCACCUUAAGUGUUUCACCUGCGCGACCUGUAGGAACCGUUUGGUCCCUGGUGAUCGCUUUCACUACAUCAAUGGGACGAUCUUCUGUGAACACGACCGGCCAGGAGGAGGUCUGCUCAGCGGGCACCCAACUUCGCUGCAGCCCAGCAGCAUGAUGUCAGACCAGAAGGUCUGCUGAGGACGAAGAUAGGAAACCACACGUGCCUUCUCCCCCACAUUCCUCCUCUUUCACUUCUAAACUCUCAUCUUUUAUUGUUUAAAAACCUGCCGUUGGUUGACCUGCCUCCAUCCCGACAAACUGUCACUCCACAGUCUGGUUACAUUCACUCCUGCUGCUGGUCUAUACUCCUUCAUAGAACAAUAACUUCUCUGAGAAGACUGAAGAGUGAAAUCCAAACAGAUCCAGUGGAGGAAUAGUGAUGCUGAGGAUGGCUGGAGUUUAUUUAUAAUAUAGAGUGUUGUCUCUUGGGACUGGUGGCAAUACUGUUAAGGACUGGCAUGAAAAAAAGGGAAAAACAUAGAAGACUAUGGAAUUUCCCCAUUCCAUUUCCUUCACACAGCCAGUUACAAGGAACAUUGAGAAAGGAUGAAAAGCCAGAGACAACAUGACUCCAACAGGAGCCAAACUAUACUUUUGAAGAAAAAAAACGGAACCUCCUGAGUCAUGUUUAAUCUGCUGGAUGUUUCCACUGACCCUCUGAGACAGCUGAACAAGGACAAAGAAAAAAAUCUACCUAUAUUGAUACUUCUGUGUAAUAUUGUGUGAAAAUAUUCAACAGUCAUCUUGUUUGCAGAACAUUGUGGGGUUUUUUUGCAGGGGGGGGGGGCUUGGGUUGGAAGUGAAAGUUGCCCUUUGGUGGUAGCGUUCCUGCCACAAGAUACAAGUUAUUUGAACAAAUUCCAUGUGUACAUUGUAAAUGUCUUGCACUCUCAUGGUAAUUUUUAAGCCAUACUAAGAUCCAACACUCAAUCACAUUAGUCUAUCCUGAAAUAUCAGAAUAGUUAUAUCAAAUAAAAUUUUGCCUCAUAGCCACACUGUGGUGUCUGUAUAUUCUGAUCAGCUCUGACUAAAAACACAAGGACUACAUUCAUGAGUUGAAAGGUUUGUGUGACACUACACGGAUGAGUGUUUUACAGUAGUAUGAGGAAAUUAAAUUCAACUUAUAUCUGUGUAGUUGCCCAGUCUCAUCAGCAAAAUUAUUUGGGUUGAGGUCUGUAAUCGGCCAAAUUACACUAGUCUAUGCUAUUCUGUGUUGCUGUUCUACAUCUAUGUUGGCACCUGCAUUAACCUCUUUAAAUGAAAUAUUAAUGCCACUAAGAAAAAUUCCUUAAUCUCUUGAGUCAGUGCUGCAUGGCUGACUUAAACACCAACCUGAUACUAUUUUCAGUCCAUUUCAACUGAUUGUUAUGCUUUUAUGAGGAAACAGAAAAACUAAAGUUUAGCAACAAUGGAGGAUUGAGUUUUUAUCCAAUUAUUUCUUCUAUGUUCCAACAAAUAAUCAGUGGAGAUACAUGAUGAUAGUUGACUUUGGUUGGAACGCAGCUACCACAGGGCAAAUAAGAGCAUUUCUAUCUCCAUACAAGUCACUUGUCUUUCUACUUUAUCAGUGACAUAUCUUAUUUUCAGGUGUUGUUUCUUGUUCCAGAGCUAAUAAAUGCUUUCAUACAGUGUUUGGAAAGAGGAUUAUGUAAGAGAUUUAGCAGCAGUGACUGUAUACUGUUCACUCUCUGUUUUUCACAGUAAUAGUCCUGUUUUUGAAGUUAAAAUUGACCUGAUCAUAGUUGAAGAACGAGUGUGUGAAGACUGGGAUUACAUGUUCAAAGUGCACUAAUAUCCUGUUGUGUUGUGUGUUAGUAUAUGAAGAGUGUUAUUUUUCUUUUCAGUCAAAUGCCAUGUCUUUUUAUCUUUGUAAUGUGUAUGGAAAGGCCUGUCUGACAUACUAAUGUCCGUGUUCAGUGUGCGAUCUUGGUUACAGCUACAUUGAGAAUCUAGCACAGAGUUACAGAUAGCUACUCCAGACUGAGGAGUAAGAAACACUUGUGGUUCUCAGACAAACAUGGCUGAUUACCCACAGGAAUGGGAUUUCAAAGGCCUGAGCUGAGGCCAUUACAGAAGCAAUUAAAGUGGGAUGCGCUGGAGGCCUGCAUGGGCUUUAGCUCCACUCCAGUGUUGCAGCCUAAUGAGGCCUAAUCUGGUGAGCUGGUCUAAUUAAGAGGGAGGGAGCUUUUUCCUGUGGGCACCAAGCAGGCAGGCAGCAGUGUGUGUGCUCUCCAUAGCUGUCUGAGGAAAGUACCGGACAGAAUAUGCAUUGUUUUCAGCCAUAAAAAUAUUUCCUUUAUUCUCUGUCUGUCCAAAUUAAAGCAUUUAACAUUUUUAA